AUGAUGCAGACACCCAUGCUGUCGUGCCCGCUCAAGGCAACAAAUGAGAUAGACUGGAUCGCUCCGCUUAAGGCAUAUAUUCGCAACACGUACGGCGACGACCCGGAACGCUACGCCGAUGAAUGCGCCGCCCUCAACCGCCUACGCCAGGACAUGCGAGGCGCUGGCAAGGACUCGGCCGCUGGAAGAGACCUGCUUUACCGCUACUACGGCCAGCUGGAGCUCCUAGAUUUGCGCUUCCCUGUCGAUGAGAACCACAUCAAGAUCUCCUUCACCUGGUUCGAUGCCUUUACCCACAAGCCCACCUCGCAGUACUCGCUAGCCUACGAGAAGGCUUCCAUCAUCUUCAACAUCUCGGCCGUCCUUUCCUGCCAUGCCGCCCAUCAAGACCGCAACCAGGAGACAAUGCUCAAGGUUGCCUACCAUUCGUUCCAGGCUUCCGCCGGCAUGUUCACCUAUAUCAACGAGAAUUUUCUACACGCUCCCUCGACAGACUUAAGCAGAGACACAGUCAAGACCCUCAUUGCUAUCAUGUUGGCCCAGGGACAGGAAGUCUUUCUCGAGAAGCAAAUAGCCGAUGGCAAGAAGGUCGGCCUCAUGGCCAAACUCGCCAGUCAGGCUGCGUACUUGUACACCCAGGCACUCGAGGGUGUACAAGAUAACGUUGCCAAGGCCAUCUUUGAGCGUGUCUGGCUGCUCCUUGUUCAGUUCAAGACACAUUACAUGACCUCUCUGGCCCACUACUACCAAGCUCUUGCCGAUGAUGACGCUAACUCUCACGGUAUUGCCAUUUCUCGCCUGGAAAUCGCCAUGACGCUUGCUCGAGAAGCCACGAAAGUCGCAAACUCGUUCCCUUCUUCCAUUCCCGUUACUUCGAACUUGGCUGGAGAUACUGCUUCUAUUCUUGCAAACAUGGCAAAGACUCAUCUGGCUGCCUGUGAUGAGAAGCUGCAGCAAUUUAACAAAGACAACGACUUCAUCUACCAUCAGCCCACUCCCCCUGAAGCCUCCCUUCCUGCCAUUCCGAAGCUUCCUGCCGCCAAACCUAUUCCUGUAAGCGAGUUGUACCAAGGUCAGGAUAUACACCGCAUAGUUGGACCCGAUAUCUUCCAAAAGAUCGUUCCAAUGGCUGUUACAGAGUCUGCCAGCAUGUAUGACGAGGAGAAAGCCAAGCUCAUACGUGCAGAGAGCGAGCGUGUAGAGAUUGCCAACGACGAGAUGGCUGCUUCACUUGAUUAUCUGAAGUUGCCGAAUAGUCUCAAUAUUCUCAAAGGAGGGCUAGACCAAGAUAUGACCGUUGAUUCUGACUUCCGCAAAUGGUGCGAAGACUUUGUCGGCCAUGCUCCAUUCGCUCAAGACUUCGAGCAGCUCAACUCUAGCAAAUCUAGCAUUCAUGGUAUCCUCGAUCAGUGCCAGAAGAGCUUGGAUAUGGAAGAGAGUGUUUGUGAGAAGAUGAGAAACAAGUAUGGCGCCGAAUGGACCCAACAACCUAGCUCACGCCUUACUUCGACACUCCGCAGCGACAUUCGGAACUACCGCGGCGCUGUUGAGGAGGCGAGCAUGAGCGACGUGCAGCUUUAUAGUACUUUCAGACAGCAUGAAUCCGACAUGGAGGAAAUGCGCUCUGCAGGUGAGACCGAUGAGGCUGAUGUACUUUACCAGCGAGCCAUGAUCAAGGUUGGUGCCGCGAGGAAGACAGGCGCGAAGAGCCCAUCAGCAGAAGGUAGCUUGAUCGAUGACAUUGACGAUGAAGACAAAGCGAGUGUGUCUGAACAGAUUGCCGCUGUCGAGGAUUUGUUAAAGAAGUUGACCCUGAUCAAGAGAGAGCGUGAGAAGGUCCACAAUGAUGAUAUCUCGAGUGUCCUGAUCUUGAACAAGAAGGCCAUGUCACAGGAGAACCAACUUUUCAAGACCGAGCUCGAAAAGUUCAGACCGCAUCAACAACGAUUACUACAAGCGCAACAUAAGCAGCAUAGCUUGAUGAAGGAGCUCACUCGUACUUACAGCGAUCUUCUGUCGGACAAGCGUGUUCGUCAAGAGCAAAACAAGUACGAAGCCUUCUCCCGUCAACGUAGCACCGUAAUGUCCAAGUACAAGAAAGUGCAUCAAGCACUUAUGGACUUGCAAGCAGGCCUUGAGCGCGCCAAGAACUUCUAUUCUGAGAUGAAAGAUACUGUCGACAGUUUGUACAAGAACGUUGAAGGGUUUGUCGGCAACCGCAAAGCAGAGGGCAGUCAGCUUCUCAAUCAGAUUGAAAGCGGAAAGUCGUCUUCAGGCGCUAGUGGUGCAGACCGGGAGCAGCAGCGUCUCAAGGAGAUGAUGGACCGUAUGUCCAUGAACCCUUCGUCUUCGCCACAUCAGCAACCGCAACCACCUCCAAGACCCUCGCAAUUGCAACAACAGCACUCUUACAACAACUACAACCCUGCAGCCUCACCACCUGUCACACCGGGUUAUGGCAUGCAACCCACACCAUCUCCCUACAUGCAUCAACAGAACUACACUCAACAACCACAACACCAACAACCUCAACAGCCAAACUACCAACAGCACCAGCAACCUCAACAGCCAAACUACCAACAGCACCAGCAACCUCAACAACCUCAAGGUUACAGCUACAAUCCCAACUCGUACGGCAUGCCCACCUCCCCACCCGCCGCCCAGAACCAGUACUUUUCUCCACCGCCAAACCAGAACCAAGGCCAAAGUCAAUAUGGUCAGAUGGGCCAACAGCAGCAGAACAUGCUGCCUCAUGGUUAUGUGCCACCGCCUCCGCCUCCCGGUCCUCCGCCACACCAGCAACACCAACAGCAGGGAUAUGGGCAACAACCUCAACAGGGCUAUGGUCAGCAGCAGCAUGCACAACAGCAACAGGGCCAAUCUGAUCCAUGGGCUGGACUUGGUGCUUGGAAGUAG